UAUCGUGUUCGGGACGAGUGAUCGUGUCGCAAGUUGUAGCAACAAGUUUAUCUAACUACGCGAUCAUACCCAGUUGUUUAAAGCGCCUACUUAGACUAAUUUCGGCUCUGUUUUGAAUGUAUUCGUAUCAUUACUAAUGGGAGAAGAUACCAAAGUAUCUGUCGUCUUCAUCACUUGUGAACCUAUCAUUAGUGCACCCAUUAUCUGAUGUUGUCCAUUUUAAAGGUAUGCGCUACCAAACAAGAUGACGUCUCACUGGAGGAAGCCGUGUAGCUUUGAUUACCCCAUUGUUUCUAUCUGUCACAUUUACCAGUCUAUUUACAGAAUUCGUUCAGGGUUCGUGGAGUGUUUGAUCAGUCAGUUAAAGCGGCGGAGUGGCAGAAAGCGAUUGGAUGGCCACUUUAUGCGGGUUGAUUAACCGACGUCAUUUUGAAGGGGGGAACUACAAAUGUCAAAAGUCAGAAUAUUCCAAAUAUAAUGUCUAGAAAACUUAAACUGUUGCUAUAGAAUGUUUAGAGUUUCUAUUUUUUAUUGAUACUACAAUCUUAGAAUCAGUUUGUUAGGGAAGCUGCUUUUUUGGAGCUCAGGUGGUGCGAUUUGACAGUUGUAGCACAACCUUACCCCCCUCACACGGAAGUAAGCUCGACUAAUUCUACAACCGGCAUGAACCACGUGGUCGCCUCAGCUGUCAAACGUUAAUACUACACCAGACUGAGAAGGGAGCGUUGGGAAGCUAGCACCACGUGCUCUGUUAAAGUUCACGGAAUUCUACUAAAUUCCCUUCAGAAUAUCAAGGUUUUACAAUUGGAAUUACGAAAUAGUAACACCAGACGUCGUUCAACGUUAGACAAAGCGGUAUCAAGUUCACGACAACUGAAGCAUGUGGGACAACAGCAGCGGGGACAGUUCCGGCGACGAGGACGACUUCCCGAGAAAGGGCGCCGAUGGGAGUAUAUUACGAAAUAAACGCCGCCGUGGAAACCUCCCCAAAGAGUCCGUCCGUGUCUUAAAAAGUUGGCUGUUCAACCAUCGCUACAAUGCCUACCCCACAGAUCAGGAGAAGAUGCUGUUGUCAAAGGAGGCUAAUCUGACAGUCCUUCAGGUGUGCAAUUGGUUUAUUAACGCACGCAGGAGAAUUUUACCUGACAUGAUUAAGCGUGAUGGACAAGACCCCUUGCAGUACACUAUCACAAGAAAGCACAGACAUACCAGACAGAUCGGCAACGAGAGCAAGAAGCGCAGACUUUCGGAAUCUUCAGACUUUGACUCGUAUUCUGGUUCUUCGCGAAAUUCACCCUCCCCAGCCUCACUGAGCGACCCCCCAUCCCCGUGUGUUGAGUCCCCCAUUGAUGCUGUCAUAUCGCCUGGUUCACCGCCCCCGUCUCCCCUAUCAGCCUGCAACGUGACAGACACGGAAUCCAAAUACCGGCAUGUUGCCAUGGAAACGUCGACUUCAGCUUAUGCUAACCUGGUGUCUGUGAACAUUUCAGACAAAGAGUAUUCUAAUACCGUGGCAUCAAAGAUGCGUUAUUAUGACUACAUUAACUCUUCUGCCGCUGUUCUCAGUUAUCCUGCGAUCACAUCUGAAUGGCAGAGAUAUCGAGAACAAUCAGAGCAACAACAAGGGAACAUGAACUUUAAUCUGGGUAGUUCAACUCCACAGAUAACAAACAGGGCCCAGGUAAACAAUAACAACAAUAGUAUCACAAAGGUGGACCCCAAACAUGACAAGGACGAUUUAUUCAGUUGUUUUCACAUGUUGGUUGACGUUGCUAUCAGUCAGCUAGAAAAAUUAAAAAGAGAACAGAGUGAGACAAGAAAAGCAAUGGAAGCAUAGUAUACCAUUCAAGGGCACCGUCUCGAAUCAAUUGUAAGAUGACUAACAUUAAAAAAAAACUUUUUUAAACACACUGACUUAGCAAUGGGUUUGUUUGCGACAUAUCUAGUAGUAGGACAGCCGAACAGGAUGUAAGACUAAACUGUAUAUUUUUUUCACUCCACUUUUAUGUUCUGACGCCAAGGUCGACUGAGUCGCGUUGCCCUUUGUAUAAAGUAUGGAUUUCACGUAAGUUCAACACAAUUGACAUACACAUAAUAUACACCAUGUCGACACUGGGGGCCAGUCUAGUAAGCUGAAGCAUAUUUUGACGUGUGUUGUAACUCUACUACCUCACCUGUAUGCCAGCUAAGACUGCUGAUUAUCUAGGUUAUGCUGGCUCACGAGGAAUGGAGAGCGGGCCGAGCCUGUGCUUCUGACUUAUCCGUACGUUUAUUCAUGCUCAUCGCUUCAUAUAAAACGCCCUCCAAAGCGCGCAAGAAAUGUUCACGUGUAUUAUACAGUUGUACAUGCUAAGGGAAUUAUUUUCUAUUUUGAAUAUUUUUUGUUUUAUUGUAAAUGUAUUUAUAUUUGUAAUUAUAGUGCAAAUUUUAACAAAUGUGCUUCAAUUUUAAUAUACUUUAAUAAGGGUGUUAUUUUAAAGAAAUAAGCGUACAGAAGGCGUUCAGUGGAAGUUACUCCAUCAUACUUAAUGGAUUCACGGUAGUUUGACGGAUGCUUUUGAUGUGAGCUGUGAAACCAUGGCGGCGGCUCUUAACCUUGAUUUAUUUCCCCAAACUAGUUUUAAUUCUGACCAAGGCGAGAAAGAAUAGAUAUAUUACCGGUAGCCGCACGUUGUUUGCGUUCGUUACCUGUGAAGAAGCAGCAGCCAAGACCUCCAAAUAAACCCGGUGCGUCCUGGGGUGAAACCACCGCCACGUGGGGCCCGGCAGAUUCCAUUAGUGGAUUGUUCUUUUGUUUGUGUUGAAGAUGUGUAUCUGUAGCAAUUUUGAAAUCAUUAAGAAUUCAGGUGUCGUAAUUAUGAUAUUGUAAUGGGGAAGACAAUGAUAGAAUAUGUAAUAAACUCGCAAGUGAAA